AGGGAUAACAAAAGUGGACUAUGGCCCGUUCUUAUAUCUUACCUUUAUAGUUCACUUUUGUUAUACCUUACUUUAGGAAAAGUGAAGGAUAAAGUUCACUUUAUGGGACUUUCAUUAUUACAACCUUCCUUUAAAAUAAUUCCUUUUUUUUCAGAGAUAUGGCAAUAAAUUGCUCUCAAUGAUUACUUUUUUGUAGAUGUAACUGGUAGUCAUUGCAUUUUUUUUCAAAGUGGCAUCAUUAUUUUAGUUAGAACAAAAAUAAAUAAAAAGAAUUUGCCUUAAUUUCGUAAAAUAAAUUUUUGCAAAAAAGUGAAUCGAAAAUGGAUAACCAAACGGAAGCCCGUCAUAGAAAACGGGCCAAAAAUUUCUUAAAAGAAGAGGAAAUGUUGCUUGUGAACUUGGUAGAUGACCACAAGCAUAUUAUUGAGAACAAAAAGUCUGACUCUGUCGUUUGGAAGCAGAAAGAAGCAGUUUGGAAGAAAAUUGAAGACGACUUCGCAGCCAGUAUGGGAUUACGACGACCUUGGAAAGCACUGCGUGAUAAAUACGAGGUUAUAAAACGUAAGUCAAAGAUUGAACUGGCAGAACAGAAGUUGGAAACAUAUCGUACGGGUGGUGGAAUGGUGACUUGUAAAGUAUCUACUGUUUCGAAAAAAAUAGCAUCCAUGCUAGGAGAUUCCGCAACAGGCUUGGAAAAUAUGUAUGAUAGUGAUUUUGUUGUUGAACCUGAUUACAUUGACUACAGUGAGCUAAAUGCAUCUAAUGAAUCUAUUGAGGCAAGCAAUAAAGAAAAUAACAAUCCCAUGAAUGUUUCAACAGAAGGAAAAGACUGGUCAACCGACUUUUGCCCACAGACUUUAAAAAAGCCUAAAUCGAAAGAACUGGUUCACGGCGGCAAAAGAAAACGCAACCUUGAGGAAGAAAAACUUGAACUUGUUCUUUUACAACAGAGCUUUUAUAGGAACGAGAAUAUUCGUGCUCAGGAGAAGCAUGAAAACGAAGAAAUGCGUGCUCAAGAAAAGCAUGAACACGAAAUAUCUUCAUUGAAACUAAAGAAUGAAAUUUUGCAGUUAGAGUUGGAGGAAAAAAAGUUAAAAUUUUUAGAGUAAUUCGAAUGUAUUUUUAAAUAUAUCUUGUAAUUUUUAAUUGUAAAUAUAUCUUGUAAUUAAAAGUAAUAUUAUUAGCUAUUCAGCAUUUAAAAGACUGAAAAUAGAUUAGAAAUGUUUAAUAAAAACUGAAUUGCAAUUAAA